AGGUCAUCAGGAGACGAGUGGUCAUAGGUCAACCAACAUGGCGGACGCCGAGCAGGCCGUAAUUGUCCCAGUGGACCAUCGUCAGAUGGAUUAUCCGACUUUUCUGAAGCUGCACCGGGGACAGCUAGCUAAUUCUGGAGUGCCAGAGGUCUAUUGGCCAGGUGUGCAAAAGAAGAUUCGAGACGAAGUCUACGAUGCGGGACAUUAUUUUGGCAUGAUGCAGGUAGAAGAAGAUGAGGAGGAAGGGGAUGAUGAGGGGGGUGGGGACAGAAACAACCCCACCCCAGGGGAUCACAGGUGGUGUGUCGUUGUCACAAGUGAGGAUGGCGUGGACAGCAGUGAUUCCAGCAGUAUCUUCCUGGUUGACCAUGCGUGGACAUUCCAGUACGGGUACGCGCGGCUGCAGCUACAGCAGGUGCCGGGACUUCUGGGCAGGAUGGCCGCCCUGAUGGACAUCUGUCAGGAGCUGUCUGAGGAGGAGAAGACAGAGAGGGUGCUGGAUGAGAUGUGGAGGUUUACCUGGCAGUACAAGUUGAACUUUCAGGGAGCUACAGCUGAUGACAAGAUAGCAUUCUGGUAUGUGAACGAUGAGUUUGGGUCCCGGAUUCAGCACUGUGAUGAGCCAGCCUGCAGGAUGGUGCCUUUCUACUAUGUCCCCACCAAAACUUCCUACACACUUAUGUGGCUGUUACAAGACCUGGACUGUGGAGAUGAAGUGACCCGUGAUUUUGCUGAUGGACUCUCUGACGACACAGAGAGAAAAUGUCGGCUGCUUGCCUGGAUUCCACAGGACUUUACUCACAUCUCACCCAACCAAGGAAUUUCAGUCGAUGACCAAUUCUACUGGACUAGACUAAAAGGAUGCAGGGAAACUUUACCUAUCCCAGAUGCCACUGGGAAUCCACUAACCAAUAGAGAAGGGCCUUACAAAGUGUACAUGGAUAUCCAGGUCAUCAGAGACAACCUGACUGAUUCGCAGUUUCAACUCGUGGAGGAGGAAAGCCAAGCAGAUAUUGUGUGGACACGAAGUCAUCUUCGGGACUUUAAGACCUUCAGUGUGGAUCGCCCUGAUGUCUACAUUAACCAGUUCCCCUGUGAGGGUAUCCUGACUGUCAAAGACUGCCUGGCUUACAUUGGUCAAAGGGCAGUGACCAAUCAGGACCCAGAAGCUCUGGAGAAUGGUCCAAAAUGGCUGCCAACGACCUUUAAUCUUGCCUGGGCUCUCCCACAAUUUGUGUCCAGCUUUCAACAAAGGGAGGAAAGACUGCUUCACAGGCAAGAGGGCAUCCCAUGGGCACUUCCACAGUUUGUGUCCUGUUUUCAACGGAGAGAAGAAAGGGGUCUGGACAACCACUGGAUCCUAAAGCCAUGGAACCUGGCUCGAGGACUGGACACUCAAGUCACCAACAAGCUGCAUCACAUCAUAAGGCUCUCCGAAACAUCACCGAAGGUUGCGUGUAAGUAUCUGGAGGACCCCGUCCUGUACUACAGAGAGGAUGUUGGUCAGGUGAAGAUGGACAUUCGCUACAUCGUCAUGCUGCAGUCUGUCAAACCACUCAAGCUGUUCGCCUACAAGGUGUUCUGGCUGCGAUUCGCCAACAAGCCCUUCUCCCUGGACCACCUGGAUGAGUAUGAGAAGCACUUCACAGUGAUGAACUACACAGAGGGUGGCACCAAGUUACAUCAGGUUCAUUACGAUGACUUCAUCCCUAUCUUUGAGAAACAGUAUCCAGACUUCCCAUGGAAGGGUGUAGAGUUGUCCAUUUUCAGUGCCUUUCGAGAGCUGUUUGAGUCAGCUGUCAGCAGAGAGGCGCCGUAUGGGAUUGGACACUACCCCAUGGCCAGGUCCCUCUAUGCCAUCGACCUUAUGCUGAAAUGGGACAAAAAUGAACAAGGAGAGAAGAUUAUGCAGCCAGUGUUGCUGGAAGUCAACUUCUGCCCAGACUGUGAUCGUGCCUGCAAGUAUCAUCCCAACUUCUUCAAUGACAUCUUCUCGGCGCUGUUCUUGAACGACUUUGCUGAUAGACCUGUUGCAGUUAUCUCAUAGUGCAUAAUUAUGCAUUGUUCACUUAAAUACAAUAUACAUGUACUAUGUACAUUGUACAUGAAGAUAUUCUGAAAAGGAUAUUUGUGUGCUUAGAAUACCUGAGUUUCAGAGAGCCUUUAAGUGCUAAAGUGGAAAUGAAGGAUUGAUUCAGUUUAGCUAUUCUUCCACUUCCAUCAUAGCAGAGAAGACAGAUGCUAUGUACAGUAUUUACAGGUUCAUUAUAUGGAACUAUACAGCUCUCUUUAACAAGCACACUGAACGUCCCAUCAUAAGGACUGUGACCCUUUCAUGUCAGGUGAGAGUUACAGCCACAACUCAAACUUAAGGCUUCUAGUUCCAUGCGGAGGCAGGGCUACUUAAACCACUGGACUACAUAUGUGACCUACUACAUAAUUAAGCAAUGUCUUGACGUUUAAUUUUUUUUUUUAAGAAGCAACUCACUAAGUUUCAUUUUGUCUUAGUUUGUUUCACAUUUUAUUAUAGGGACAGCUUACGAAUCUACUCCCAAGUUUUAUUGGGAAUUAAAGAAAGAUAUAUGGAGCUAAAUUGAGCAGCAUUUCUUUUU